AUGACAAUCAAUACUUUAAGGCUGACUUGUGUUAGCGUGACUUAUAACCAACUAUAUGAUUAUAUCGCCAAUACUUGGCACAUAUUCUUUGCACUCGAAAGCAAUAUUUCCAUACCAAUAUAA